CGCUCAUUGAUCCAUCCACGUCACGUGACCGGGGAACAGCGGAAGAACAAGACUCGGCCGCAGGAGAAAAGCAUCAUUUUCAGCCGUCAGGAUGCAGAGCACCACCAACUACCUGUGGUUGAUCUCAGACCUGCUGGGUCAGGGGGCGACAGCCAAUGUUUACCGUGGCAGACACAAAAAAACAGGAGACCUGUACGCUGUCAAAGUGUUCAACAACCUGAGUUUUUUGAGGCCACUCGAUGUCCAGAUGAGAGAGUUUGAAGUUCUGAAGAAACUCAACCACAAAAACAUUGUAAAACUGUUCGCUGUGGAGGAGGAGUCAAACACUCGUCAUAAGGUCCUGGUGAUGGAGUAUUGUCCUUGUGGCAGUCUCUACACAGUUUUAGAGGAGUCAUCCAAUGCCUAUGGCCUCCCUGAGGAUGAGUUCCUCAUUGUUCUGCACGAUGUUGUGGCAGGAAUGAACCACCUCAGAGAGUACGGUAUUGUUCACCGAGACAUCAAACCUGGAAACAUCAUGAGGGUCAUUGGAGAAGAUGGACGCUCUGUUUACAAGCUGACAGACUUUGGAGCAGCCAGAGAACUGGAGGAUGAUGAGCAGUUUGUGUCUCUGUAUGGCACAGAGGAAUACCUGCAUCCUGACAUGUAUGAGCGUGCUGUUUUAAGGAAAGACCACCAGAAGAAAUACGGCGCCACAGUCGACCUGUGGAGUAUCGGGGUCACAUUCUACCACGCAGCGACCGGCAGCCUCCCCUUCAGACCGUUUGAAGGGCCACGAAGGAACAAAGAAGUGAUGUAUAAAAUCAUAACAGAGAAGCCAUCUGGGACGAUUUCAGGCCAUCAGAAAUGUGAGAACGGGAAGAUCGAGUGGAGCACAGAGAUGCCGGUGUCCUGCAGUCUGUCCAAGGGUCUGCAGAGCCUUCUAACUCCAGUGCUGGCCAACAUCCUUGAGGCCGAUCAGGAGAAGUGCUGGGGCUUCGACCAGUUUUUUGCUGAAACCAGUGACAUCCUGCACCGCACUGUUGUCUACGUGUUCAGCCUGCAGCAAGCCACGCUGCAUCACAUCUACAUCCACGAAUAUAACACGGCUGCGCUGUUCCAGGAGCUGUUGGCCCGCAGGACCACCAUCCUGCUCCACAACCAGGAGCUGCUGUAUGAGGGCCGCCGCCUUGUCCUUGACCCCAACCGCCAGGCCAAGACCUUUCCCAAGACCUCCAGAGACAACCCCAUCAUGCUCGUCAGCCGCGAGUCCGUCACCACUGUGGGACUGAUCUUUGAAGAUCCCAGCCCUCCUAAAGUUCAGCCUCGCUAUGAUCUUGACUUGGAUGCCAGUUAUGCAAAGACAUUUGCAGGUGAUGUGGGACAUUUGUGGAAGACCUCAGAGUCUCUGCUGGUUUAUCAGGAGCUGGUACGAAAAGGAGUCCGGGGUUUAAUUGAGCUGAUGAAGGAGGACUACAGUGAAAUUUUACACAAAAAGUCUGAAGUUUUCCAUCUGUGUAGCUACUGUACACAGAUACUGGAGAAGACUGAACAAAUAUUUGAGGUGUUGAUGCAGGCCAACAUGCUGUCGACCGAAUACGAUGAGAUCUCAGACAUGCAUAAGAAAGUUCUCAGAAUUUCCAGCUCUUUGGAGCCCAUUGAGCGAACAACACAGGACAUCAAGAGUAAAUUCCUCCCAGGAGGCCUGCUGACUGACAGCUGGACACAACAAGUUGGGACACACCCAGAGGACAGGAAUGUUGAGAAAAUCAAAGUGCUACUGGACGCCAUUACAGCCAUCUACCAACAGUUCAAGAAGGACAAAGCAGAGCGACGUUUGCCAUACAAUGAGGAGCAGAUCCAUAAAUUUGAUAAACAGAAGCUGGUCCUUCACGCCAGUAAAGCCAGAUCUUUGUUCACUGAGGAGUGUGCCAUGAAAUACCGCCUGUUCAUCUCCAAGAGCGAGGAGUGGAUGAGGAAGGUGCAUCAUGUGAGGAAGCAGCUGCUCGGCCUGUCGGGUCAGCUGAUCAGCAUCGAGAAGGAGGUGACGAUGCUAAUGGAGAGAGCUAUCAAGCUCCAGGAGCUGCUGCCUCAGAAGGUUCUUCCUCUGGUGUCGAGUGGGAUGAAGCCUCAGGCCUACCUGAGCCAGAACACACUGGUGGAGAUGACACUCGGGAUGAAGAAGCUGAAGGAGGAGAUGGAGGGAGUGGUCAAAGAGCUGGCAGAGAACAACCACUUCUUAGAACGAUUCGGGACUUUGACUUUGGAUGGAAGUCUGAGGGGGUGAAGCCUCUUCACUGCUGUUUGUACAUAUUUAUCCUGUAAAUAAUGUGGGACUGUGCGACUUUUGUAAGAACGAGUCUCUGCUGAUUCUGUUCAUGAAGAAACUGCUUAAAAAAGAAAAAGGAAAAACAAACAAAAUGGCUUUGGCCGUGUCACCUGCCUGGAUUAGACGCUGCACAUGUUUUGCCUUAUUUUCACUUGAAAACAGAACUGUGGAACUACCCUGUAUAUCCAUACUGUACAUAAUUAGACAAAGUCCUGAAGUCACAUUUUAAGUACAUUAUAAGGGACCAUGAUUCCUCUUUAAUUACAAUAUAUGACAUCAAUGAUCAGUUAAAGCUUUUGUGAAGGUUAAUGGUUUUCAUGUUGUUUUGUUAUAUUGUUUUUAUUCAUUAGAUAAAGCAAUAAUUCAUAAUAUUGUCUGCUAUUCUGUAAGGGGAGUUAGGUUCUUAUUUAAACUCUUUCGUAUGCAGAUAAUAUAAUUCAUUUAUUUAUCUAUUUUCAUUUGUUUGGUUUAUUUUUAAUUUGAAAUGAAGGAGCUUAAAUAAAAAUACUUUUAUUGAAAUCAGUAAAAAAUUUAAAAAGAAUGUGAACCGGAAUCGUUUGACCAUAAUAAUGCCUUAAACUGAUCAUUAAUGUCAGUGUCGCAUGGUUUAAUUUAAGUUACCUCAUAUCAGCGUAAAAUCUCCUUAAUUUGGUUGCAUUUAAGCAUUGUAAACACUGUCUGAUUAGGAAUAUUUCAGAUGAAAGAGGUUUGUAUUUUUCAAGGGAUAAUUCACAAUGAUUUAAACAGUUGAUUUUUAUGGUGAUCACAUUAUAACUGAUAGUAAAAAUUGAUUAUUGGAAUUUGUAGGAGGAAAUUUUAAGU